AUGUUUAGAAGGAAUUCGAUUUUACUCAUCUUUUUAAUCAAUGCCACAUUUUGUGCUCAAAAGUUGCUCAACGUGAAUGUGAUCUACCGUCACGGUGACCGAACUCCCAUAAGUACAGCGCCCACUGAUCCAUACCAGGAAGAUUUCUGGGGACUCCCAUGGGGAACUCUAACAGUUACCGGUAUGCAGCAACAGUAUGCAAAUGGUUUAAAGUUGAAAGCUCGAUACAUCGAUCAAUUGAAACUCGUCAACGCCACCUAUUCUCCGUAUGAGACCUACGUGAAAUCAGCUCAAACCGAUCGUUGCAUUCAAUCAGCCGGCGCAAACAUGGCCGCUUUCUACAGUGAUUCGACGUUUAGACCCAUUGAUCCAAAUUGGCCCAACAACUACACUCCGAUGCCGAUCCAUCUCAAUCCAGCGCCAGAUCGGGAGUAUGAGCCGGGCAAGGGAUGUGACAAAGUUGAGGAGCUUUAUGUGGAAAGAACUGCCGCCAAUCCGACCUUUGUCGCUUAUGAGCUUUCACAUGCUAAGCUCUUCCAGACCUGGGAGCAGAACACUAACUUGGGAAUCCUUCAAAUAAAGGACUUCUUCGAUUAUUUCGACACGGUUGUUUGUGAGAAAGACCACAACUUGACCCUUCCGGCGUGGGUGACACCGGCAAUCUUCAAAGAGGCUGAAGAUGUGAAGAGUCAGACGCUCGACUAUCUCGAUGGAAUGGCGGGCUUCGGUAAACCUGAUGAUAUUCAAAUGAUUCGUCUCCGCGGUGGACCGUUGAUGAAAACGAUUCAAUCGACAUGGAUUGAGAACUCGCAGUACAAAUUCUACGUGCACUCGGCUCACGACACAACCGUGGACGCCAUGUUGUACGUCUUGGCAGCAAAGACAACCGCUUUGGGCAAAAUUCAACCGGACUAUGCGGCAACUCUCAUUUUCGAGACAUGGAAAAUGGAUGAUGGGUCGUUAGCCAUACAAGUGCUGUUCUCCACUAAUGCUUAUGACAACUUACACAUCAUUACAAGCGCCGUUUCUGGGUGUCCUGUCGGGGAUUUUUGUCCGGUCACCCAAUUUCUCAAUCGGAACAAUCCUUACAUUCCAGAUGAUAUUCAAAAGGAAUGUCAAAAG